AUGGGACAGGAGUCAGGUCUAGAGGAACUUUGUGUCUGUUUUGCCUGUUAUGGGAGCAAUGGGCGAUUUGGAGCAGUGGAGGCAGGUGAUGUGACCAGGGAUCCUCAGAUUCUGUGGCUGCAGCAUGAUGGACAAUAUGGGCGUGAGGGAGGUGGUAGAAAUAGUAGGACGAUAGCAUUAGAUAUGAACUUUGAGGACGUGGCCAUUGCGUUCUCUCGGAAGGAGUGGGAGAUCCUUGAUGAGUCUCAGAGACGUCUGUACUGUGAUGUGAUGCUGGAAGUGUUUUCACUUGUAUCAUUUGGUGAACAUACAGGAUGGUCUCAGAAGAUGCCUGGCCCUUCUGAGUGGCAACUUGGGGAAGGUCCUUGGCAUAAAAUGAAUGAUGUGGAGGCCUAUUCUCAGCACAGUGUAUCUGUAGGAGAGUCUCAUGUCAGGGCUUCCAAGACAGCUGCAGCCACCCAGAGGACCCAUCUGUGUAAGCCGUGCUUCUCAGUGUUAAAAGAUAUUUUGCACCUGACUGAGUUACAAGUGGUUUACUUUGAGAAGAAUGUGCUCUUAAGUGAUGCAUGUGUGAGAGACUUGUGUUUCAGUGCAAACUCUCACCAGCAACAGAAGGAUGCCAGUGGAGAGAAGCCCUGGAAAGAAGAUAUGGAGAGGUCCCCACUUGGGACCAGUUGCUUCUACUUAUCCAGGGUGCCUGCAGCUAGGACGGAGGUUGGGGAAGACUCCCCAGCCAUCUCAGAGCUUCUCCAGCACCAGGCCACUCUUAACACCAAAGAGCCACACAGUAACAAUGAGAUUUCACAGGAAUGUCUCAGUGGAAAAAGACAUCACCAGUGGAUUGAAUGUGAAACAGCUGCCAGCCAGAAACAGAAAGUUGCUUAUCAGAAAGGUCUCUGCUCUGGAGAUAUGAUUUAUGGUUCUAAUAAAUGUGGGAAACGGUUUAGACGAAUCUUUAACCACCCUCAACAUGGAAGAGUUCACACUGGAGAAAAGCCCAGUGAAGGUACUGAUUGUGGGAAGGUCUUCAGUGAAAGGACUGCUCUCAUUAAACACAGCAGAGUUCACAUUAGAAAAAAGCCAUAUGAGUGUAGUGAUUGUGAGAAGUCCUUCAGUUACAUGUCUGACUUCACUAGACACCGCAGAGUUCACACUGGAGAAAAGCCAUAUGGGUGUAGUGAAUGUGGUAAGCAUUUCAGUCAAAGGACUGACCUUAUUACCCACCAAAGAAUUCACACUGGAGAAAAGCCAUAUGCGUGUAGUGAAUGUGGGAAGCAUUUCAGUCAAAAGACUGACCUCACUAAACACCAGAGAGUUCACACUGGUGAAAAGCCCUAUGAGUGUAGUAAUUGUGGGAAAUCCUUUAGUAAAAGCUAUAGCCUCAGUCGACACAAGAGAGUUCAGACUCGUGAAUGUAGUAAGUAUAGUGAAAGUGGAAAAUCUUUUAGCUACAAACAUAAACCGGCUAGAUACAAGAGAGUUCACACUGGAGAAAAGUCAUAUAGUUGUAGCGAAUGUGGUAAGCAUUUCACUCGAAGGACUGACCUUAUUAAACACCACAGAGUUCACACUGGAGAAAAGCCUUAUGAGUGUAGUGAAUGUGGGAAGUCCUUUCAUCAAAGUUCUAACCUGACUACACAUCACAAGAGAGUUCACACUGGAGAAAAGCCGUAAAGGUGCAGGGAAUGUUUUAUUUUUCUCACUUAGAAUAAGAACACUUAAGGAGAUUCGAUGGGACCCACUUACAUGAAUGUAAACUCCAUUUAUGAGAACAUACACUCUGCUAGAUUCCUCAUAAAUUUCCAAUACAAGUGAGACUUGAAGGAACUGCAUUGUACUUGCUAACAUGCCCAGACCUACGACCCAAAUGGUGUCACCGUGUUUGUUGCUGAAGAGAUUUCACCUCUAACACCUGGCUCACCUGAGGAGUGUGCAUGGUCAUCAUCCCUGGGUGCUCAGGGGAAUGUGUUCUGUGUUGUCACUUCUGCUUGAAGUAAUUAUGGUUCCUCCAAGCCCUUGGCAGUAUCUUCAUUCAUUUCUCUAUGACUAGAAGAUGGACCUGGCCCAGGAUUCAUCCAGAGCACCCCUUCUCAGCUAAGAAGUGCUACCUCUUUCAUGGACAUAGUGGUACUCACAUUAUGCUUUGAUAAAUUUGGGGGAUUCUUAUUCACCAACCUGCAAACUCUGUGCUCUCCUCUCCUCUGGUUUAUGAUCUUUUUUAAAGGUGUGUUUACAUUUGUACCUUUAAUUUUGGUUUUAUUCACUGCCACAGAUGAUUUGCAAACACAAAUGUGAUCUUUCAACAUGUAGAGAUGAAUAUUGUGUUUAUCCAAAAAUUGAUGUGGUUUGGAAGGGACAGCAUAAUGGCAGGAAAUCACUUUUUGUCCAAUAUUGGCUUAUUAUUUACUGCAGCCCAUGGGCUUGAAAGAAAGGCCACAUGACUUUGUGCAUUUAAGUUGCUCAACAGGCAAGAAGUCAAAGCUAGAGGAAGGAUAAUCCUGUAAUCUGUCCCAGAUGUGUCUUUUGUAAGCACUCAGCAUUCCUGUUAAUUUUAAUGUCAAUAGUUUGUUGUUGUUUUAAAAAUAUAUACUUUUAUUGAUUUCAGUGAGAAAGGGAGAGAGAGAGAGAAAUACCAAUGAUGAGUGAGAAUCAUUGAUCGGCUGCCUCCUGCACGCCCCACCCUGGGGAUGGAGCCCACAACCUGGACAUGUGCCCUGACCAGCAAUCAAACCAUGACUUCCUGGUUCACAGGUUGAUGCUCAACCACUUAGUCACACCGGCUGAGCUGAUGGCAAUAGUCUUUACUGCUUGCCAAUAUUUGCUGCCACUGAGGCAAGGCUGGUCCUCCCAAGAAAUGAAGAGAGGGAUGCUUGUGUCUAUAUAGGGUUGCCAUCUUAAUUUUCUAACAACAUAGGGAUGUCUAGGAUUUAUAUGGAACCACAUUUCAAGGCUUUACUUAGGUUUAUGUAUAACUGACAACCAAGGAAAUGCACUUUUCUAAUGUGCAUUAUUUGGUGAGGUUGAACAUACAGAUAAAGCUGGAAACCGUCACAGGUGAAAUAGGCUUCUGUUACCCACAUCCAUGUGGGGGAAAAAAGUAGACUUACUAUUGUGAGUAUGCCAAACACAGUUAAUUCUCUUUUUCAAGUAACUAUUUUAUAUAUUUUAAAGUGUAUUUUUAUUAAAUGUUGAAAGGAAGGGAGAGAGAGAAACAGCAAUCGCCUGCCUCCUGCAUGACCAUUCCUGGGGAUUCAGGAUGGCAUGUGCCCUGCCCUGGCACCAAACCAGUGGCUUUCAGUGAACGUGAUCACGCCCAGCAAAAGGAGGCACAGUGGCCAUGGAGAGUUUAUAUUUGUGUUAUUAUUAAUUAUUGUAUUAUUUUCAGUACCAACAACUGUAAACCUGCUAUUGCCACACCCUGUAUUUACUUCCAGUCCUUUUGUCAGCUUUCUGCCUCCCCAGCCCUCCAUACAGGCAUUGAUUUACCUUCCUGUACAAUAGAGUAGUUCAUAUUUUUCAUAAUUUUAUUGGCAUUAUAAGGUGAAUUCUCUUUAAGAAACACUGGCUUCCUUCAUGCUACACAGAUAUUUUGAGAUUCGAAACUAAUGAUUAUGUAAAUAGUUAAUUUUUUAUUGCUAGGAAAUACUGUAUUCUAUGGAUAACCACUUUAACUAUUGAGCUGUCUAUGGUUUCAGUUAUUUCUACGUUUGGGGUUUUCUAAAUAAAACAGCUGGGAAUAUUGUGUUCAGUUCUUCCUACAGGUGUAUGUCUUAUCAUAGUGUUCCAGUGUCAGUGAAUGUGUUACAUUUUAAUAUAUGGGGAACUGUGAUCUACAAUGAUCAAUCACUUUGCCUUCCCACCCACAGUAAUGAAAAUUCCAUUUUUCUGCAACCCUGCCAGCAAAGGCGAAGGUUAAUCUUUUUCAGUUCUAGUCCCAUCCGUGAGUAUACUGUUAACUUGGUUUUGUUUUAAUUUCAUUUCCCUAAAAAUGUUUGAUGGUGGUUAAUUCUUCACGCAUUUCUUUACACUUUCUUAUCUCCUCUGUUAAAAUAUCUGCUCAAAAUUUUUUAUCUACUUCAAAAGUUAAUUUCUUAUUCUACACAAUAGGACAGUGCAGCCUCUAA